AUGCGGCGACCGGGGUGGCGCGGACUCGAGGUACUUUUUUUCCCCUUGACCUGUGCUAGACUGCUAGUAGACCACCCAGCUUUUUCAUCUUUUGACCUUUUGGUGGACGGUAUAAUGGCAAUGCUACCUCCCGUUGUGCCUAGACCCAGCAGCACGGCAGGGUAUCUUUGUAUUUGGAGACGAGAGGGACAGAGGCUGGGUCUCUCGUAG